UGGAAAAAUUAAUCUUUCCCAAUUUUCUGUAUUAGCCAACACUAAGCACUAAUAAUGGCCUAUGGACCUGAUAUGCCGUGCAUCUGUAGUUUCUUGCCUUUUCUGGUUGAAAUGAUAUUUCCAGAGAGUGUGGGGGUGCAUACACAUAGCUAGCUGCUUUGCUAGGGGAAAUGUGCUCAUCUGUGCGUGAGGUCGGUCAGGCAUGCAGCAUUAACCACAACUCGCAUGUGAACAGAGCUGAUGCAUAUUUAAUAAAUUUUGCAAAUCAGCUUAUAAACACACAUUACUAUAAUGCAUUAACAUUAACAGAUGUUGAAGGAAGACAGAAGUGCUAAAUACACCACAACAAACACAACAUUCAUUGACAGCCUUUUAUAGCCAGACUGGCAGUUUUAAAUUAUCUACAACUGCACUAUUUCUUUCAUACACUCUAAAAAAGUCUGGGUUGUUUCAACCCAAAUUUGGGUCCAAUAUGAACAAACCCAGCCGUUGUGUUAAAUUAAAAUACAUUUUUAAACCCACGUUUGGGUUUGUCUAUAUUUGACCCAAAUGUAACAUUUUUUAGACUGCACAUUUGCAUGCUUGUUUGUUCACAGUCUCCACAAGACCACAAUUGUGAUCAAGGUUCACUUCCUGAGAAUACAUCCUCAACUAAUGCUGGGCAAACCUCAAACUUUAUUCACAUCAGCAACUGGCAGGUGAACAUGGAGGACCAGAACAUUUCGAAUAGCUCUCUGUUUGCCAGUCCCUCCGUGGAAAUGCUAACAUCCAGCACUGUUCUGGGAUUGUGCUGUGUGCUAGGUGUACCAGGUAAUCUAGCGGUGCUGGUCAUGCUCGCCCAACAUUUAAAGGAAGGCAGCUUCACCCCAAAACUGAUGCUGAGUCUGGCUGUCUCGGAUCUACUGAGUCUGAUUUUUUUGCCUGUGUGGAUCUAUGCCCUUCUGAACGGCUGGGUUUUUGGCAGAGGUCUUUGCAAGUUAUUUUCCUAUGCAGUGUACUGGAGCCUCUACAGUAGUGUACUUUCUGUCACCUUGUUGAGUGUGCAAAGGUACCUGCAGGUGGUGUAUCCACAGCGAUGGGCGAAGCUUGGAAGGAAGGGCCAAAAUGGGCUGAUUUUUGGGAUAUGGGCAUCAAGUGGAGCUUUGGCUUCUUACGCUCUCUAUUACCGAAGCGUCGAGCAGAAGAAGGACAGGCUUCUACACUGUUAUCAGGAUUAUAGGAAUAAUCUAGAAAAAAUAAUUGUCUUACUUGUUGAGACUCUAGUGAUGUUUAUUGUGCCUCUCUUCAGCCUGUUGUGCUUCUACCUUCGACUUCAACAACGGAUAAGUCGAUCAGCUUCCUUCAGCAGCCACAGGCUUACAAAACUGGCCGUCAGAAUCGUAGUGGCCUUCUUCAUAUUCAGCACCCCCUGUAUGAUUAACAACGUUGUUUCAAUGGUAGUGUCAUGGGAAUCAGAUGCCAGCCACAAUGUAACCGGAGCUCUUUUCUUUAUCAACAGUUGCGUGAACCCUUUUCUUUACGCCUUUUCUGCUCGAGCACUGCGAUGCAGAAGUGGACAUUCAGAUGAGCCACAACAAAUUCAGAAUGAAACUGAGUAAACAGGAAAUCUUUAGACUAAAUGUGCAUUUCUGAUGAUGUUCUCUGUGUCUAAUAUUUGUGUUUGACCUGUGUAAAGGGAAGUGCCUAUGAAAGUUUUUACCGUAUAUGUUUCCACAACUUGAAUAGUUUAUUUCCCCUUUAGAAAAAUAUUACAGUUAACAACUAAUAACGUAAUUCUGAAACAGGACUAUGGAAGUCAACCAAGAAUAUCUUCUGCUAUUUGUCUUGGCUUUUUCUUGCAAUGUAAAUGUUGAAACAAAAUAAUGUUUUUAGUAAGCUUUCAUCUGCUAUCCAAAAAUUAGGAGAAAUGUGGUAAUGAUGAGGCAGACAGACCACACUUGCUCUACUGACAACAGCUUUUAAAGAGGAAUAGCCUAAAUUGAACACUGAAGAGACAUUAAAGGAACUUUAAUCCCUCAACAAAGAAGAUAAAGGAUGCCAACAAAAUCUUUUUUCCUACUGUUUAUCAUUUAUUAUUUGAAGCAAAUUUUUUUUGACUAAAAGAAAGUCUCUUGACUUUGUGGUUAAAAGUCUAUGGUUUGUGAUUUUCACCUGUCUCCUCUGUGAUUUGUCUUUAUCUGUGGGCCCUCAACUCUACCCAUGUUUUGAAUUAAAAUCUGUACAAAAAACACUUACAAAUUUAAUAAUAGGCUACAUAUAUAUUUUUAUGGUAAUUAGAGUUACAGUCAAGGUUCUUAAGAUUACAAUUAGAAUGUUUCCAUUAACCACUAUAAUAAUCAGUCUUCUGAUUUUUUUAUCAGCCUGCUGCGAAAAAGAAUACGGGUAAGGGUUAGCUAAACUGAAAGGUUUACACAAAUUUGUCUUUUUUUCUAGAAGUGGUUUUGUAUGCUGGUUUCAAACACCUAGUUCAAAACUGUCUUACUAGAUUUGGUAAAACAAUUCUUUUUAUAGGUGCCCUAGAAUCAAAAAUUGAAUUUACCUUGGCAUAGUUGAAUAACAAGAG